AUGAAGUUCACACCAACAACGUGUGGCCUCGGCGCCUUUCUCACGCUCCUCGCUCCUGGCUUGGCGGAUGAAUCCGCUCGCAUCAUCACCUUUUUCACCCGAAAGGCUGGGAUGACGGAGCAAGAGUUCCACGAUCACUGGACAAACACGCAUGGUCCCCUGGUCGUGCCAUGGGCUCUCCAGUACGGCGUCAACCGGUACACCCAGUACCACACCACAGAGGCAAACCGCACAACUCUUCAAAUGGCGCUGAGGCUGCCGGACGAAUACCUCUUACAAUACGACGGGGCGGCCGACUUCAUCGUCUCGAGCAUCGAGAAGUUUUUGUCCGCCUACACGGACCCUUACUACAAACAGGUCAUUGAGCCCGACGAGAAGUCAUUGUUUGCUCAUAGCGGAGAUGUUAUGGUUGUUCGAGGCUCGCUUGGAUGGACCACGGAUAUCGUUAAGGAUGGCAGAGCUGCCGUGGAUGCUGCGAAAAUAUGCGAAGAGGUAGUUUUUGAAGGCGCGACAGAAUAG